CAUGCACCUUGCCAGACGCCGCGGGCUGCGGAGCGAGGGAGGUGGACAGGAGCACGCAGAAAGCGCAGCGCCCUCGCUACGGAGCCAGCCGAGUCUCUCCUCCCGCCCGGCCGCUGCUGUGCUUGUGAGCCGCUCCCCGCUAGCUGCGCGAGGCGGAGGCCGGCCGCGCUUGGCGGUGGAAGGGGUGAUCGGCGCCCUGAGCUCCAGAUUUCCAGAUGGCCAAUGAAGCAAGACCUUGCCCAUGUGACAUUGGAGACAGGUUUGAGUAUGGGGGCCUUGGGCAUGAAGUGCAAGUUGAGCACAUCAAGGCAUAUGUUUGCAAACCAUCUGCCAGCACGGAAAAAGCUGUGAUUGUGAUUCAAGAUAUAUUUGGAUGGCAACUCCCAAAUACCAGAUACAUGGCUGAUAUGCUUGCAGCUAAUGGAUACAUAGCCAUCUGCCCCGACUUCUUUGUGGGAAAAGAACCUUGGAAUCCUUCUGAUGACUGGUCCACCUUUGAUGAAUGGCUGAAAACACGAGAUGCCAGAAAAACAGACAAGGAAGCUGAUGUUUUCUUGAAGUAUCUAAAGCAGCAAUACAGUGCAAAGAAGAUCGGUGUUGUCGGAUUUUGCUGGGGUGGAAUUGUCGUACAUCACCUGAUGAUGAAAUAUCCUGAGUUAAAGGCAGGUGUGUCUGUCUAUGGAAUAAUCAGGGACUCUGAUGACAGAUACAAUUUACUGAAGCCUACAUUUUUCAUUUUUGGUGAAAAAGAUGAUGUCAUUCCUCUUGACCAAGUCACCUUACUGGAGCAGAAGCUGAAACAACACUGUAAAGUUGAUUACAGAGUUAAAACUUACCCUGGGCAAACUCAUGGUUUUGUACAUCGCAGGAGAGAAGAUAUUAAUCCUCAAGAUAAACCUUACAUUGAGGAAGCAAGAAAGGACAUGAUCAGCUGGCUAAAUAAAUAUAUUUAACAGAAGCAUACAGCCAGGCCUGCAAAACAAAACACUUAGUAUACUGUGAUAAUCAUUUGAUUAAAUUAUAUUUUUAGGGGGAAAGUAUUUUCUAUAAUUAUUUUAGGGAUAAAUAUUUGAUAAAUUAUAUUUUAGGGAAAACACAAAGGCCAUAUUAAUAGAAGUCUGACAAAGAACAUUGCAGAGACUUUUUGACACUAAAAUGAAUUGUACUUUUCUUUUGUAGUUAUUAACACAUGAUUUCAAGUUGAAUUCUUUUAAAUGAUUCUCAGAUUUAACUUAGUUUAAUAUUGUUAUAGUGUGCUGGGAAAAGUUUUCCAAGUUCCUUGAAGUUUAUCCUCUUCACAUUUUUGGUCAGUUACAAUUAACUCUGCAUUGUGGCCCCAAUUCAGCAAAGUAUUUAUUUAAACGUGCUUAAAUCACCAAUUCUUAAUUUAAGCACAUGUAUAGAUUCUUUGCUGAAUACAAACUUGAGAGAUUAGACUUGUUUGACCUGUACUCUCAUGGCCAAUUUGGAUUUCAUAGAUGUCCUCAGUGGAGUAAAUUUCCCCCCAGAUUUGGGGGUGGACAGGGCAACAGCAAGGAACUGCUUUCCCAGUUGACCCUUGGUCUUUCCUUCUCCAUGAGACUCCUGGCUGCCACUUGGCCUACAUUUACCCCAGGUUAGGAAUUUUCAAUGAUAAUGAUAAUGUAGUGCAAGUAUGGGGACUUCUUACUGUGAAAUUGCAUACUAUGGUUGCUAUUAAACAAGAAACUUUUACUGUAUCAUCUUAUCUACCUUAUUGUAAUUUGAUACACUGUUUUCCAUUUCUGGCAUGUGAUAUCAUGGUGGGAAAAAAAUAUCUUAGUAAAAUUAAAGGAUUUCUUCCUAAUGGCAGCCUUUGAGUAUAAACAUACAGCAUCAAAUAAUUCUAUGUUAAUAUUGUUGUAUCAUUUCAAAAUAAUAAAGAAAAUUAACUAACUCUG